UGAUCCUUAGCAAAGUGUGAAUAGUAUAUUGCAAUACAAUUUAUCCCUGCAUUGUACACAUUUCAGAGACAAUUAAAAUCUUGUGUGGGUGUACACAUUUCGCAAACUGAAUCCUUUAUUCGUGCAUAUACACAUAGAGAGAGGCGUUUAGAAUCGGGUUUAGGAGAGUACAACAGGACAGUGUAUAUUUUCCAUAUGGCCUGGAGUCUUGUACUGCCUGGCUGUCUACAGAGACAUGAUGGCACACGACAUUUAAUGUCUGUCUCAGUUAAAGCUCUUAACUACAUGAUUUGUUUAUUCUUGAUCCAGAUUCAAACAUAACACCACAUGGAGGACAGUGUGCGAAAUAGUCUCCACAUGGUGCUACCCAGUCGGGAUUUCCUGAAAGUUACUAGCCCACAAAAUAAUACACUAGCCCGAAAUAUAACUGUAGAAUACAAAUGUUCACAAAAAUACAUGUAGAUGGGAAUAGGAUAUUGUCGGUAUGACACGGGUUUCAUCAUUAAGCUGCUAAUAUGAUGAGCAUUUUCAUUAGGCCAAUGUCUUGCAUGAUUUAAAAGUGUUUUAUAACUUAACAAGUCGGAGUGAUGUAUUUACAAAAUGACCCCAUGAGCAUUUACUAGUCAGUCGGGCAAGUGACUGUGGUGAUGAACUGGCCCGACUGGAGUUUUACUAGCCACGGGCUAGCGGGCCAGUGGCUAUUUCGCACACUUUCAACGACGGAUAUCCUAGCAAAAUGUAUUAACUAUUCAGUCGCCUUCCAUCCCGACCAGUUUACUCACCACCAUCUCACUGAUGGUGUUGAUAUAAGUCAUCAUUUCUGGUAUAGAGUUAUCUCUCUUUGACCAAAGAUUUAUGCCUGGAAAGUCCAGUUGAAAUUGCUCUCAAAUCUAUAUGUUCCUAUAGGGAAUAUAUGAUGACAGUGUCACUCGGCAACAUAUUCUUCAAGGUGCGAUACUAUCAUAGGUUCUUCACCAGUUACCCUCCCAGAUCAGUGUGGAGUCUCUACAGAAAUUGACAAGGACAUUGUUCCUGUUGUGUCAGACUUCAGUGGACAGGAAACAUUUCUUCCCAUUUACUGAAUUGCUCAGUGAUUGCAAAAGUGCAUCCCUUUCUGGAAAUGGACCAAAUAAACACAUAUACAUUUACAAACAUUGUCGAGGGAUCCACAGGACAAGUGUUCCUUCUCUCGCAUAUGUUAUAUAAUAUAAACCAAUCUGUCACCCUUUUCUCCAUACAGUCAAUGACAAUUCGUCGUGUCGACAGUGUCCAUCUCGUGAAUAAUGCUCAAGACCGUGAUCGCUUGUUUACUUCCAGUGAGCUGGUAACUUAUUAUACUUGUAACCAUUCUGAUACCCGUUUUUCUGACGCCACAUUCAGGGCAUAUCCAUCUCUAUUCAUAAAUGAAAUAAUCUCUUCCUUAUAACAUAAUCGAUUCAGAAUUAUUGGGUCCAUUUCUGAAUAAAUAGUGGUCUUAGUGCAUAUUCAGUAACCUAGUCACAACCUAUGAUAUCCUAGUAACAUACGAUCACUUACAGUUUCUUACCAGUUCCCUAGAAGCAUAAGAUCUUCACCAACUCACAAAGAGUGAAAAUGAUUUUAUUUAGACUGCUGGCAAAAGACCUAUGUAUGUCUUGAGAGUCUUUAAGACUUGUAUAUGUCUGUAUUUGUAUAUGUCCGUAAUACACGCUAAUUAGUCCUAGAAUCAGUAACAAUGAAAGGUGUUUGCAAAAAGGAGCUUCUACAGCCCAGAUACCUGUAACUAGGAUGAGUUCUCUCUGGUUCUCUCUGGAGUCGAGAGAGACGAUUUUGAGGAAACAGUUGAAAAUGAAAAUGUGCCCAUACAACACAGCAUAUUGAACCAUUCAAGUGUUCAGAAAUGCACCCAGAGAGUAUUGUCUUUCCUUUCAGUUUGGGACAGGACAUUCUACUCAGCUUACACUAAAUGUUGCGUGGUUUGCUACGUCUACAAUGGAAUAGACUCUGCAUAAAUAAUGUUUGAAAGGUGAUCGUACUCAUUUGGCUUAAGGACAGUUACGGCAGUGCUACAGAGACGAUUUCAACCCAGAUCUGUCGUCUGUCACACAUGAUACACAUAAAAACUGGAAGAAAAGAAGAUACUGAAUCAGAAUGUAAAUGCACAGUGCAGGGUGAUGCGGAAAUAAGUUAUAGGUAUCACGCAGGUGACAUGAACAUGGCGUGUAGUGUUUUACACGCAUUGUCUCAAGUGCUACAGAAGUAACUGCUGAUAAUUGCCCAGUAUUCUGCUGUUGGUGGUUUUGGUGUAACCCGUUGGUUGUCCUGCUGCAUGUCACUUACCGGAUCCACUACUUGACAGUAACAACUGUCAACAAUAGUCACCGGAAGUAUCAAGCCGAAGCACAUCCAUCGACCUCCAACAUGUGCCAAUACAAACCCUUACGUUACAUACAAAGUGUCUGAUCUUUCAUGUAAGGUAUCACGUCUCACAUUACAUAAAUUAGCACAGUCUGAACAGUCCAUUGAAGAGGGGCACUAUUUUCCCCAAUACUCCUUCCGGGUCAACACUAAUGGGAGGUAACUUUCGAGGACUCGCUUGAUUGUAGCAAUGCCGGCCUGAGAGUCUGGGGCAAUUCGGUUAGAAAAGGCAAUAAUGGAGAGGGAAGAAGGAGAUGUGGGCGAGGUCCAACCUCCAAAUAUAGUUAACAAUGCACAAGCCACAGAUGAGGCAACGGGAAUGGAUCCAGCACACGCCCCUGGAACAGCUGCUUUUGUCCGCACCCUACAGACAGAGACAGUUAAAAUAUCUUCAAAGCCGAUACACUUCAAUGAUGACAGUGAAGUACCUGGAUAUAUCUAGCAUGUUGAGACUUACCAAACUGAAGGCAGAUCAGAUGACAGUGCACUUGGUGCCUCCGCCAUCGACUCCUCAACAAGUUCUCAAGGGCCUGGAAUGGUACAUGUUUUCCAACCUACGAGCGAGGACUACGAUCGUUGCAUGGCACUGACAAUUCUUUCCAUAGCUGCAUAUAUCUAUAGAUGUGUGAGGAGGAGGGUUGAAAUACCCUGGCAGCCCCCUUAUGGCAACGAUGACAAUGUUCAAGCAAAUGAUGAUGCAUUACAGGAAGAAACUGGAUACUGGUCCCUUGGCGAGGAUUUCAAUCCUUUCCAAGACGAGUAGUUAUUGAAAUGACACGAAAUGCCUGUAUAUAAUGGCUCGAGGCACACACACACACACACGCACGCACGCACGCACGCACACACACACACACACACACACACACACACACACACGGAAAUGGAAAGUAGGUAACAGUUUAUUUGUAACUGGAGAGGAAUACAUAAAAUGUACAAUGCCAGGAAAUGUUAUUAUGGAAUUAUUGUGUGUUUUAACAUCUCUAACUCACUCCAAACCGUACUUAUCUGACAAGAAGUUAUGACAUGAACAAUAUGUGAUAAGUAUGAUAAACAGGUUGAUGUGUGCAUAAAUCAACCUCUUUAUUAAUGCUGCUCCUCAUAAUACACAUGCAGCUCUUACUGUAGCACAUACC